AUGGCAAAUUUAGAUGUAAUAAUGGAUCCUUUAGAAUUUGAACGUUAUACGAAAGAUGGCUAUUUCACUAUACGUAGAUCAGAUAAAGCGUGGUCUGGUGUAUGGAGUGACAUGAUAAUUGAGCAGACAUUAAAUAGGUUUUUCGGUACAGAUUUAAAGCAUGGUCGAGGUGUCACUCCUGGCGUUGUUGCACGUUAUUUAUUUGCCAUGCCGUCAGCGUUUAAUGUAAUGGAGUGUUUGGAAAAUUACUGUGCAAUGAAAUCGAAUAAUAGUGAACAGCAUGUUGAUCUUUCUAAGAGUCGAAUGAAGAGAGAUAACAAUGACAUAUACGAAUUUGUAACCUGGCUGCAAAAUCAUAAUCCUUUCAAUCAUCUACAUGUUUUGGUAUCGCUUUCUACAGGAAUAAUUGGUGGACCAAAUAUAGAUUGUCAUAAGGCUAUUGAAAAAGGACUGCAAGGAAUGGAAGAUAUGGUUGGGAAAAAUGCUGACAAUAUUACAAUGUUAAAAAUAUAUAAAGUUAACAAUUUAGCAAGUGCCGCAAUUGGAAUACAUCUGGAUUACAACCAUGAAGUAUCUACUAUUGAUAUUUACUUAUUAUUUCAAAGAAUUUGUGUCAUUUUCAAUGGAGACGCUGAAAAAACACGCGAAGCUUUUUCUUAUGAGCUUACGCCAUAUCCGCUAAGCUUAUUCAACGAAAAGGGACAAAUGAGAAAAACGCAGAAAUCAAAACUUUAUCCGUUAUUUAAAACUUCGAAUAGGUUGCUAGCGCUGCAAACAUCAGAUAUAUAUGUCAUAGACGGAGGCUGGUUAUUGCAUGCUGUAGUUUGGCCCCACAGCCAGAAAUUCAAAGAAGUUUUUAAAUUAUAUUUAUCAUAUAUCAUUAAACAUUUUGGUAGACGUGUUACUGUUGUUUUUGAUGGAUAUAACAACGAAUAUAUCGGAGUAAAAUCAUAUGAAAGAUAUUGUCGGAGAGAGAAAAACGUCGCAGCCGAUAUCGAUAUCUCUGAAGAUAAAAUGGUAACAAUGAAUCAGACAAAAUUUCUUUCAAACAUUAGUAAUAAACUAAAUUUUGUGGAUUUACUAUCAAAAUAUUUAGAGGAAAAUAACAUUCAUACAAAAAUUUCAGAAGAAGAUGCAGACACUGUAAUUAUUCGUACGGCCAUAGAAUUAAAAGAUAGUAAUGAAAGUUUCGUUUCAGUGGUCGGCAAUGAUAUAGAUUUGUUAAUUUUACUAAUUACACACUGCAUCGGUGGAAAUAAAAUAUAUUUUUAUAAAAUGUCACCGAACAAGAAAAAUGAAUUAUAUUCAAGCAGAGAUCAUAAAUAAAUAUCAUAGAAAAAUACAUUUUAUUUGCUCAUGCGUUUGCUGGAUGUGAUUCAACAAGUGCUAUAUAUAAUAAAGGUAAAAAAAGUAUUAUAACAUUAUUAGAAAAAAAUGAAGACUUGCAACAAUUAAUAUCCAUAUUUUAUAAGCCAUUACAAAAUGUCGACGAUAUAUAUAGAGUUGCUGAAAAACUUAUGAUAAUAAUGUAUGGUGCAGAUGACCAAAAACUGACUCUACAUGAAUUAAGAUAUAAAAUAUUUUGCACAUCUACAGCAAUUGCAAAAAAAGAAUUAUCUUUAUCGUGUUUACCGCCUACCGAUUCGGUAUUAAGAGAGCAUGCUAAAAGAGUAUAUUACCAAAUGCAGAUUUGGCUUGGAUUCGAUUUAGAUCCAGUAUUAUGGGGAUGGAAGAGAACGAGUAAUAUGCUACUACCUAUUAUGAAUCCUAAACCAGUUGCACCAGUCGAAUUACUGGAGAUGAUAUUUUGUGGAUGUAAAACAAAUUGUAACACAUCCCGAUGUUCGUGCAAAAAGGCUGGCAUAAAAUGUAGUUACAGUUGUAAAAAUUGCAAUGGCCAAAGCCGUGAAAAUGCUUCAAAUUCGCAUAAGGUCAUACUUGAGAGUGAUACAGAAGAGCGACAAGAUGAUAUAGAUGAUAUAGAAGAUAAUGAAAAUAUGUGGAAUGAUGAAAUAAAUGAUUUACAAGAAGAUGUUGAUGAAUCACAAACUGAAAAUUAAAAAAUUUUGCUGAAAAAUUUUGUCAAUUCUAUUUACUAGAAUAAUAUAACCAUUUUAUUAUAUAUUAAAUUUUUACAAUAAUCAUAUUUAUUUAUAUUUUGACCGUUUUAUCCUUGUAUUAUUGAUGUUGCUUCAUAAUAACAUUAAAAAAUGCUAUCGUAAAUUUUUCAACAAUAAUUUACUUACAGGUAAAAAAAACACAAAUUCAAAUAAUAAUUUGUUCGAUACUCGUGUCGUAUGUUCACUUUCCAGCACGGCGUAAGCAUCCUCGCUACGCUCGGGCGCUUAACCCCGCCGUGCCAGAAUGUGCCUCAUCGCCUUGUAUCGUAAUGUACUAUGGGUAACUCAAACUAAAGAAAUCGCUGCCGCGCAUACAAAAGUUAUAUGAAAUAUGACUAUUUCAUUUUUUCAGCGUCAUUGGUGCAACGAUUAAAUCAAAUUUGGGAUGCAAGGUAAUGUAAUUUUUCCGCUCAUUGGAUAGCUAUAUUGUUGAGAACAUUUAUUACUUAUUUAAUUCAUAAUUAACUAUACAUACUUGAUAAUUAUAUAGCUAAUUUCGAUAAUAUUAAUAAAAAGUUCAUACAAUAAGUUUUCCGGGUGUCGCCGCGAAAUCAAAAAUCAUAUUUUCGCAUGACGCAUUCAAACGCGGCUCGGUUCCCGCCGUCCCACCGCUGCGCGCGGAGAGAGCGGCGGCGGCCAUGUCGUCUGCUCACUCCCCUCCCCUGCCUCUACACCAAGCAAAUUUCUUUUUCAUUAAUUAUCUCGGAACUUUGCGCUCAUCGGAUUCGAUUAAAAAAUCGUUUUCAAUGCAAAAUUUAACGCUCUUUCCAUUGAUACCAGCCAUUUUCUCAUAGGUCAAGCCGAUCUCGAGAUAUGAGCAAAAAUAACUUUUGCAUGCUGUUUUCGCAUAGAACCCCUCAUUCUAGGAAGCUGCAAAUUUCAGAAUCGGCUUUUCCGACCCCGAUUUACCAAAUAUCCAAAAUGCAGCCAUUUCUACCGCAGGGCGAUUUCACAGCUAAUUUUACUGGACUAUUAGGUACCUAUAGGUAAUGAGUAUCUAUGGCGUGUAUCAAGAGGAUUUAUAGCAUUUACUCUCGAACCGUAAACUCGGUUGCUCGGUUUAGUCGUGAAAAUAUAAUAAUAGUAACUACCAUAAAUAUUGAAUUAAAAACUUUUUAUCAGUUCGUUAUUUGAUACACUGAUACCUACGUUACUUUAAUUAUUAAGGUUUGAAUAGAAUUGUGUCAUUGUUUUUCUUGAAAACAAAAGAAUUCUGCCGGAAAACAAGGUCAAGAAGAAUGGCGUCGACAUCAAAACAGUAGGAUCCCAAUAGUAAGUUAAUAAAUCAGUGUUAUAAAGCAAUGUGUUUUUUAAUGGUUUAAGAAAAAAAAAACGUUAAUCCUGUAUAGACUGUAAUAAUGUGACAAGAGUACCACGUAGUGGACGAAUCUGUAAGAAGUCAUCCAAGUUGAUACAUUUUGACUCUGAUAUUAAAGUGAAUAAACUCAAAAAAACUAAGAUUUCAAAGUUUCAGGAAAAAUCAAAAAAAUCUAAAACAACAACAGAAAAUAUGAAUGCACAAUAUCAGACAGAGAUUUCCAAUGAAGUUUUAUGUUAUGAAUCUAACUCAAUGAAAAGCAAAUCAAGUAUGAAUGAUGUGCAACUAAAUAAUUUUGAAACAGAUUCCUCUUUAACAGUCACUAAUAAUGAAUUACUUACUCCUGAUUAUACAAGUUAUGAUGAGGACAGUACAGAAUCCGAUGAAAAAUUUUUAAUACCCAAACAUGAUUUACCACUACAGCAGCAGAGUACAGAAAACUAUUCUAAUACAUUGAUUGAAACUAAAACUAAUGUAUUCCCCGAGAAUUGUGCAUAUACUGGAUAUAGGCUCUGGUCAAGUGAAAUGAAAUUAGAAAUUUUAAAAAAAUAUCCUCAUAUGGAUGUUACAAUUAUGACCAUAAGAUUAGGUGAGAUGUGGACGCAAAUGUCCGUUCAAAAUAGAAAUAAUUGGCAUGAGCGAGCACAGCGUUUAACAGAAAAAGCUGAUUCUUUCAGAAAGCUUUGUGUUAUGGGUAAUGAAAAAAGAUUGGCUUGCUUCAUGUAAUAAUGAUAUUGGAACUACAGAAUAUGAAGGAAAAUCAUUUAUUAUUGAAGAAGCAUCAAGACCUUUCAAAUUACAAGCUAUUGAUAUUGCUGCCCAUCUCAGUUUACUAGGAGAAAGUCUUAUACUAAUUGGUACUAAAAUUAAACAACACGAUAAACCAGUAUCAAAAUCAGAUUACACAACUGUUUUAAUGGACUCUCUUUUGUGUACAAUGGCUAGUUUGCUUUGUCUUACUCAACAUAUUCCAUUUCUAAAAAUUGGCAAUCCAGACAUAUUUUUGAAAACAUUAGAUAAUAUUGCUUAUAUCAUGCCUGGUUUGUAAAAAGAAAAGUACAAAUCAUUCAUUAUUCAAACGAUUUUACUAAAGUAUAAUUAUUUAAAUUUCGUCUCAUUAUAAAUUUUAUGCCAUAGAAAUUACACUUGUAUUGAAUACUAUAAACAUGUUUUCAUGAAACGAGAUUAAAAGAGAGUUUAUUGCAUUGUUUGUAUUGUAGUAGCCAUAAGGAUUAAAAAACAAGUAAAAGAUUUGUUUGUGAUGUAUUCAACAUUUUUGUCAAGAGAAACAAGUUUUAGAAAAA